UGCUAAGCAAAGUGAGAAAAAGAAAAAAUAAAACCACUCACACGCAAUCCCACAAAAUGUACAAGGAUCAGAGCAGCUCGUCUUCCUUGGAAGCAGCGUCAAAAAACGGGGAAGUCGAACUCGUAAGCAGAUUUUUAGCCCCGUUAUGCGCCAGGGAUGAAGCUGCGAGAAAUAUCGCACUCGCAGCUGCUCGGACAACCGUCGAGGGAUGGCUGGGAGGCGUCGGGAGUCCCGAUGUCGUCGAGGGCGAUGCGAGGACUGCCAUUUUCCGAUACGAGGAUAACACAUCGUUCUACGAGACGUUGCAGUUGCAGUCGAGUGGCGUAAACGGGAGUAAUUCAAAAGCGGAGGAAGUAUCGACGGCAUCGAUACUUAUGCAUCAGAUUAUCGAUCCGUCAUUGCGGUACAAUUUAAUACGUGACGAUUUUCGUACCGAAGAAUUUUUUCCCCAAAGCGUGACGGAUAACGGUAUAUACCUGCAAAAGGACACGAAUUACCACGAUCCGGACGACGGAUUAACGUCCUUCGAUAUCCUCCAGGGAAACAAUCCCGGGGAUCAUCACCACCAUCAUCAUCAGCAGCAGAUUCAGCAGGGCGAGUCCGAGCCCUCGCCGCACCAUCACCACAGCGUCAAACCGAUCAAAAUCAAGGGUGCCAAGCAGAAGGUCGAGCAGGACGACGUCGACGUUGGCACGGGCAAGGUAUACGGCAAGAGUCCUCGAUUCGACAACGAGAGUUUCACGGGAUUCGGACGCACGCCACCCGCCACCGCCUCCUCGGGCUACCCUAGCGGGCACUUCGACCUCCUCAGCGGCAAUUUCGUAUCGAAGAACGACAAUUUCGUCGCCGGGAUAGAGUUCGAGGGUGCGGGAAACGAGAACUCGAACCUCCGGCAGCUGCCUUCGUCCCAUCGCAAGAACGCUCAGUUCUACGGCGCCGCUACGGACGAAGUUUUCUUCGACGAUGAUCCCGUCAAGAUUGGCGCCCCCGAGGCCGGUGGCGUCGUCUUCAACACCCUCGACGGCUUCGAAGGCAGGCGAGGAUCCGAGGAUCGUCGGGAGUCGUCCUGCAGUCUGAGGAAGUUCGUGGAACGCAAGGUCAGCGCUGGACAGAUAAAACGACCUCUGUCCCAGGACGACGACGUCUCCUCGAAGAACGGACCCGGCGCUUUACCGCAACAGCCCGAAGUCACACCCGGCGACGUCGGCAGGAUGCUCAACCUCGGAAACGCUCUCGACGGACCGAAGCUACUCGCUCAGCCCAACAAGUAUCUCAGCCUCGUCACUCUUCACUUGCCCGUCAUUCUAAGGCUCAGCGUCAAUUGUCCGUUUCAAAAUGUGCGCACGAAGUGCGCCGAGAUACUCGAGAUGGUCAAGGAACGAGGACUUCCGGUACCGGAACCAGCCUUCGACGGACCGAGCGCCUUCGUUCCGACGUCAGAGCUACCGGAUCUGGGAAAUCACGAUGAUAGGGCUCACAUGCUGUUGAUGGACGCAUUCCUGCAAAACAAUAGGCUCGAUCAUGUAUCUCGUGUGAUGGCUGGCCACCCAACGUACUUGGAACACUUUCUUCGCACCCAACAUUUCAUUUUACGUGGUGACGGGCCCCUCCCAUACGAUUAUCGCCAUCUAAUCGCGAUCAUGGCCGCUGGAAGGCACCAAUGCAGCUAUUUGAUAAAUCUGCAAAAGGGUGAAUUCCUACUUCAAGGCGGUGCCUCGUCUUGGCUUCAAGGACUCAAAUCCAUACCGAGUAAACUUCAGGACCUAUACGAGAUCAACAAAAUUCUGGCUCAUCGACCUUGGCUGUUAAAUAAAACUCACAUAGAAAAACUCACAAAAGGUGCUGACAAUUGGUCCCUGGCUGAAGUUGUUCAUGCCAUAGUGUUGUUAGCCCACUUUCACUCGUUAUCAUCGUUCGUAUUCUCAUGCGGUAUAAACGAGGAACUGGACAGUAGUUCGGGUCAUCAUUACAAGGAAUGCAGCGGCAAGGAUAAUGGGGAAAACGUACAACCGGUUAAGGAUAUCAAGCUGCCGAGUAGUAGUCCGACCAAAAUACCCGGAAGUACCGAUAAGACUGACAAUAUGCCGUCGCCUCCAUCCUCGCCUAGCAUACUUGGUGAACAGGAAGUUGGCGUUGAGACUCUUAUGGAACGUAUGAAACGUUUGUCAGAAAAAUCCGAGUCUUAUCAAAUAACCCAGGAGGAAUUGUCGAAGCGGUUUGAAACCGUUGAGUCACAGUCGGCGGAAUUGACUGCCGCACCACAACGAAGCUCUGUUCUCGACUCCGACAUCGGCCUUUUCAUAGACGACCCGACGUUCAUCUAUCAAGAUUUUGCCAAGCGCGGACAGCUGAACGAUAUACCGACGUUUCGCGUUCAGGAUUAUUCCUGGGACGAUCACGGUUAUUCAUUGGUGAACCGGUUGUACAACGACGUUGGAAAUCUGUUGGACGACAAAUUCAAAACUGCUUACAAUUUAACCUACUACACAAUGGGGACUCACAGUAAAGUCGACACGUCGCGUUUUAGACGUGCGAUAUGGAACUACAUACAGUGCAUGUUUGGGAUAAGGCACGAUGAUUACGACUAUAAUGAGGUCAAUCAGCUGCUCGAGAGGAGUCUGAAAACUUUUAUCAAAAGCGCUGUAUGCUAUCCGGAAAGGGUCACCAAGAGAGAUUAUGAUCGCGUUAUGAGGGAGUUCAAACAUAGUGAAAAGAUUCAUGUGAAUCUUAUGAUCCUAGAAGCUCGUAUGCAAGCAGAACUAUUGUAUGCACUUCGCGCCGUGAUGCGUUACAUGACCUAAUACGUAUCUGGAAAUAGUCGACUCGGCCUACUAUAAUAAAUGAGAGGAAAACAUAACAAAUUUUCACGAUUCAUCGAGGACAAGAUGUCGUUCCUGGGAUCACAAUCACACCUCUGUGCUGUGCCGUGUCGUGUCGUGAUGUGCUGUGCACCUAUAAACACAUGUAGAUUACAUACGUAUAGAAGGAUAAAUUGUUCGAUCGUUAAAUGUUAACAAAAAGCUUCUACCGAAGAUAGUGGGAAACGUCAAGCUAUACAGGCUUUUGUUUAAAGAAUAAGAAUAAGGAGAAAAUGAGGAAGCAGAAGGUGAUGAACAAGGAAACCGAAGAAAACCAUAUAAUCGUCGUCGUCGUCGAUUCUCGUUAAGAAUGUUGCAUACGCGCGGGUACAGUUUUCAGUAAGGAAAUAAAAGUUAUUUCAUCUGGUAUUUGGCGAUUUACAUUGCCUUCUUGAGCCUGAAUAUUUAUCAUACCGACUUCUGCAUGGAUCCUUUUUAUUUCUAGCUGUGACUAAGGCGAGACAAAGAUUGUUGUUUCAAAUAUACCUGGUGAGCAGCUAAUCUUGCAUUAUGAUAUAGCUGCGUUGCUGAUCACUCUUUUUAAAUAUGUUAUGCUUUUGAACUGUUCAACAGAAUGAAAUAUAUAUCCUUCGUCGUGUGUGCAAGAAAUGAAAGUAAAUUGAAAUCAAAUAUUCAAAUUUAAGCAAAACGAGGAGAAAAUGAGGGAAGAUCAGCUUCAGUGCUGUCACAAUUCGUUUAAAUGUUUUAACGUAUUUGAUAAUAACAAUAAUAAUAAUAAUAAUAAU